AUGACGACACAGGAGCUUGCGAUGGAAGGAGAAAAGCAUUUGGAAGAAACUAUUGAAUCGGCUUUUCAGAUUAUUUCCGCCAUGAACGAUGAGCUCUGCAAUCCUUCCCUGUGGUCUAAAUCACCCACCGCGAGUUCCGCCUCUCAGACGACGGCGACGGGUUCCAACGGCGCAGCUCUCGUUUCCGCCGACGGGACUGCGAUUGAUGGUCCACCGCAUCAUUCUGAAUCCGGUGGUGGCGGUGGCGGUGGCGGAAAUAGCGCUUUGGAUGAGGCUGGUCUUCGCUAUAAGAACUCCAUGACUUCUCUUCGUGCUGUUCUUGCUUCGAUUCCAAAUUCGCAGAAGGCAAAAGCAUUUGAAACGGAAAAUGGUGUAGAAACUCCUGAAAGUGAAGAAGAAAUCGAAAAGUUGGAGGAGCAAGCCUUAAGUCUCAGAAAGGAGAUUGCAAAGAAGAAUGUUCAUGUCAAAGAACUUAUCGACAAAUUUCGAGAACUUAUAGCAGAUAUCUCUACAUGGCAAAGCCCUUGUUCUGUUUGA